AGGAGGAGAAUUAUUAGGGUUUAGUAAGGUUGGCGGACGGUUGUCUGAGCCAGGCAUAUUGGCUGAGCCGGCGAGCCACGCCCCCCUGCCGGCUGGUAUAUAUACCAGAAAGCCGGCAGGUUCGCCACUCGCCGCUGAGUCAAGGAGAGGUUUGGACGCCAGGAAUCUUCAAAAACAAACAUGGCUGACGCUGCAACCAUCGCAAAGUUGGAGGAAGGCUUCAAGAAGCUUGAAGCCGCCACCGACUGCAAGUCUCUGCUGAAGAAGUAUCUCUCAAAGAGCAUCUUCGAUAGUCUUAAGGCCAAGAAGACCGGCCUGGGCGCCACCCUCCUCGACGUAAUCCAGUCCGGCGUGGAGAACUUGGACUCCGGUGUUGGUAUCUAUGCUCCCGACGCAGAGGCCUAUUCCCUCUUCGCUCCCCUCUUCGACCCAAUCAUUGAAGACUAUCACAAGGGCUUCAAGCAGACUGACAAACAUCCCAACAAGGACUUCGGUGAUGUUAACCAAUUCGUAAAUGUGGAUCCCGAUGGCAAGUUUGUCAUCUCUACCCGUGUACGAUGCGGUCGCUCCCUGGAGGGCUACCCCUUCAACCCCUGCCUUACUGAGGCCCAGUACAAGGAGAUGGAAGAGAAGGUGUCUUCCACUCUGUCUGGCCUGGAGGGCGAGCUUAAGGGUACUUAUUACCCACUUGCUGGUAUGACAAAGGAAGUUCAGCAGAAGCUCAUCGAUGAUCACUUCUUGUUCAAGGAGGGUGACCGCUUCCUGCAGGCUGCCAAUGCUUGCCGUUACUGGCCCGUUGGUCGUGGUAUCUACCACAACGACAACAAGACCUUCCUUGUUUGGUGCAAUGAGGAAGAUCACCUCCGUAUCAUCUCCAUGCAGAUGGGUGGUGAUCUGGGCCAGGUUUACCGCCGGCUUGUAAGUGCUGUCAACGACAUCGAGAAACGUGUUCCCUUCUCUCAUCAUGACCGCUUGGGCUUCCUCACUUUCUGCCCCACCAACCUUGGCACAACCAUUCGUGCCUCCGUCCACAUCAAGCUGCCCAAGCUUGCUGCUAACCGCGAGAAGCUGGAGGAAGUCGCCGCCAGGUACAGCCUCCAAGUUCGUGGCACCCGUGGUGAGCACACUGAAGCAGAGGGUGGUGUUUAUGAUAUCUCCAACAAGCGCCGCAUGGGACUUACAGAAUUCCAGGCCGUUAAGGAGAUGCAGGAUGGCAUCCUUGAGCUGAUCAAGAUUGAGAAGGAGAUGGCCUAAACAAACUAUUGCUGGGUAAAAGUUCGGCUCGACCCUCUAUGGGUGAGGGCGUGCUGGACUCUGCUGUGAAGAGGUGCUCCCAACCUUGGACUCGAGGUAACCUAAGCGAGGGACCUAGAGGGCGAGUGUUGUGCCGGCUGGAGUGAGUCAGUGUGAGGCCCCGGCAACAUUCCAAGAAACCCGGGGCUCUAGCGACCAUAGGUCUAGAGGCCUUGUACAUAACAUCGAUAACACUCGUGGGUAACGCUACUCCACAAAUUUAACUUGUUACAUCAUGAUACUAUUAUAAAAUUAAACGUUACACAUA